AUGGAAACUCUCAAAGAAUAUGUAGGAUGUAUAAAUCCUCACUGGGUGGCGGUGGUAGCGACAGGCAUGUACACCCAUAUUCGACGAAUUUACAUAAUUAACCUGUGCUUCGAUAACGAUAAUAGCCAGUUCUUCGACCUCUCUUACGCGUCUGUGCUUUUCACAUUUUCCGUGCUGUGCCUUCUCGCGGAGUACAGACUUUGGCCCAGGACGCUCAAGGAGCCACCGAUCCAGCUGCUCUAUAUUUACGAAAUGCUGGUGGCUGCCUUGACCACGGAUAUAACGACGCGCGCCAUUUGGGUGCCAAUGAUGUACAUCAUACAUUGUUUAACUCAGGAGUCGAGCGAAUGGUUACUUUGGUUGAACACAACACUGUCGCUUAGUCGGUAUUCGCCUCUGACCGAUUUCGCUUAUUACUUGUCGAAGAGCAUCGCCGUGACACACAUGUCCUUUUGCAUGUCCCUUUUGUCGUUCGUAUGGAUGCUAGACGCUACCGAGUCUCUGGACGCGAUUCUGGACAUUUGGGCCAAGUAG